AUGUCAAAAUAGUGGGAGUGAGUGCGAGAGGAAAACAAAUUUUGCGAUUCUUUGGGAAUUUUCGGGCAUAAAAUGAGAGGCAGCAGAGGACAAUGAGAUGGAUGACAGCGCCUUUGAUACAUCCAGUCAGGAUUCCAGCGUGGUGGAGAUGAAUAAUUCGCGCAGUGUCUUGCACAAAAUCGCCAAUCUCUAUGCUGAGCAACUCAUGUCCGAUAUCUGCCUGGUGGUCGGGAACAACCGAUAUCCCGCCCACAGGGUCAUCCUCUGCGCCAGCAGCGAGGUCUUCCAGGUGAUGCUGAUGAACGCGGAGUGGAACGAGUCUCGCGAGAGUGUGAUUGAGCUGAAGGAGGAUCCCUGCUGCUCGAUGGUGUUCCCGCAGUUCCUCAAAUACCUCUACGUGGGCCAGAUCCGAAUAUCCCUGCAGACGGUGAUGCCCAUGCUGGCGCUCGCCGACAAAUACAACAUCAAGGAUCUCGUGCAACUCUGCGUGGAUUACAUGCUGAAACACAUCGCCAAGGCGGCCACGCAGGGCUAUCUAGUCUCCUGGCUCCAGUACACCAUCUCCUUCAGUCCCUACCACCAGGAGGUGACGGACGCCUGCCAGCGCUUCAUGAAAUGGAACCUGGAAAUAGUCGCGGACUCGAAGGACUUCGUGGACUUGGACGUGAGCAUCCUGAUUGUGCUGCUGCAGCAGAACGAUCUGGUGCUCAAGAGUGAGUUUGACCUGUUCACAUAUCUGGAGAAGUGGCUGAUGUUCCGGAAGCAGCAGAUCGAGACUGAGGGCAGCGGAUCCGCCGAGGAGCUGAACCACCAGAUUCAGCAAUUGCUCGAAAACACAGUCAUUCACAUCCGCUUCGCCAUGAUGACACCGCUGGAGCUCGCGAAUCUCCUCUUGCGCCCCAUCGUGAGUCUCAACAAGGCGUUUUUCGUGGACCUCAUCGCCAUCGGGAUGUGCUACCACUCUGGCCAAGAGGAGCGCGUGACGGAGAUUCGACGGAGUGAAGCGGGGCAGCUGCAAUUCACGCCGCGCCUCUACACGACGGACGUCUGGGGGCUCAGCAUGAGCAUCAAAGAGUUCGAGAAGUGCGAGGACUUCCAGAAUGUCGCCGCACUGUUCUUCUCCAAGAGCAACCUCUCGGAGUACCAGGAAGAUCAGACAAUUACGUGGGAGCUGGACUUCUUUCCGCGCGGCAUUCGCUUCAAUCGCGCCAAGUUGAUCAAUGUGUACAACAUCAGUGUCCAGGGCGUGGACAUUCCGGAAGCCAUCCUCAAAACCGUUCGCCUGCGAGUCACGUGCAAGGAUGAGCAUCUCAAGGGUGAGAAGCGUUUCAAGAUCGGUGUCCUCAUCACUGGCGUCCAGAACCAAAUCACUCACAUUCGCACGGUGCACGAGAGGAUUCACUACUUCUCCCGCAGCAAUCGGGUGCUCAAUAUUGACAAUUUACUGCCAUAUGAGGAGCUGGAGCUGUGCUCCAUCAAGCUGAGUCCGCAUCUCACGGGAGAUGACCGCGACACCCUCACGAUUCAGGUGAUCAUCGCCCCGAUGGGCCCCUUUGUGUGUCACGAGACGCCCGCCUUCGACUUCAAGUGAGCCCAUCGAGACGGCUGGGCCCAAGUCGCCCACAGAGUAAUUUGUUGUUGAUAUAAUGUUUGAUAGGAAUCCACUUGUGUAUAUAAUUGAUAAUGGACAAAUGAAGGAGAGAUUCUUUAACUGCGCCAGAGUUUCGCUCUGU